AUGAUUGCAAGCGAAAGUAUAAAUGGUCUUCACCACAGUCAUCAUCAUCAUCGCCAACAUCAAGGUUCACAUGGGUACGAUAAAUCUAUAUUUAAAAAGGUAGACCAAGUGGCAUCUGCAGAGUACGAAGAGCAAAACUUGGCACACGUUGAUGUUCUAUCGAACGAAAAUGUCAAUGUCAUGGCGAAUUCUACAAAUUAUAGUACAAAUUUAACGGAAGCAUACGCGAAUAAAUCGUUUUUAUCUAAAGUAAAUGAAUUAAGCUGCAAAAUGGAAGAAAUGAAGAAACAUCUAAUUCCAAGUCACCCUAGUGAGGAAGUUAGGGGGUUUAUGCAGAUUUGUGUUGACGAAAUAAUAAAAUCAGCUGUUUAUGGUGGAACUACGCGUUCAAACAGAGUUGUGGAAUGGCAUUCUCCUGAGGAUCUGAAGCGACUAUUUGAUUUCAAAUUAAAUCAGGAUGCUGAAUCACAUGACAACCUUUUUUCAAUAAUAAAAAAAACAAUCGAAUAUUCAGUGAAGACGGGUCAUCCGUAUUUUAUUAAUCAGUUAUAUUCUGGUGUGGAUCCAUAUGCACUAAUUGGUCAAUGGCUAACAGAUGCACUAAAUCCUAGUGUAUAUACAUACGAAGUUUCUCCAGUUUUCACAUUAAUGGAAGAAGAAGUGUUAUCUGAAAUGCGUCGAAUAGUUGGAUUUGCCAAUAAUGGUUACGGUGACGGCAUAUUUUGUCCUGGCGGAUCUAUUUCGAAUGGCUAUGCAAUAAGUUGUGCUCGAUACAAUAAAUUCCCCAACACAAAGAUAAAUGGACUUUUUGGAACUAAGAGACAAAUAAUUUUCACAUCAGAGGAUUCACAUUAUUCUGUGGAAAAACUAGCUAUGUUUAUGGGAUUUGGAAGUGAAAAUGUGUGCAAAAUAAAAACCGACACGUGUGGAAAAAUUGACACAGAUGACUUGGAGGCCAGAAUACAACAAUAUAUUCGAGAAGGCUGCGAACCACUAAUGGUAUCAGCAACCGCUGGGACAACUGUUCUAGGGGCUUACGAUAAUCUGGAAAAAAUUGCCAAGUUGUGUGAGAAAUAUGCAAUAUGGAUGCAUGUAGACGCCGCUUGGGGAGGAGGCGCUUUAAUGAGUCAAAAAUAUCGCCGACUUUUAAAAGGCAUAGAAAGGGCCGAUUCUGUCACGUGGAAUCCCCAUAAAAUGUUAACAGCGUCGCAACAGUGUUCAACUUUCUUAACCAAACAUAAAGAUAUUCUGAGUAAAUGUCAUUCUACUAAUGCUACAUAUCUUUUUCAAAAAGACAAAUUUUAUGACACAAGUUACGAUACUGGUGAUAAGCACAUUCAAUGUGGUCGCAGAGCUGACGUUUUUAAGUUCUGGUUCAUGUGGAAAGCAAAAGGCACAUAUGGACUUGAACAACAUAUUAACCAAAUAUUUCGUAUGGCUGAAUAUAUAACAAAUAGCAUCAAAAAAAGAGAUGGAUUCGAACUAGUUUUGGAAAAUCCAGAAUGUACUAACAUUUGUUUUUGGUAUGUGCCGCCCAGUUUAAGAAAUCGGGAUAAAGAUUCCACGUAUUAUGAACAAUUACAUAAAGUUGCGCCAAAAAUUAAAGAAUCUAUGAUAAAAAAGGGUUCAAUGAUGGUCACAUAUCAGCCACUGCGAAAUUUACCGAAUUUCUUCAGAAUAGUGUUGCAGAAUUCAUGCCUCAAUGAAGAUGAUAUGGAUUAUUUUCUAGAUGAAAUACAUGCUCUUGGCAAAUUGUUAUAG